UAAAUAUGGUCAGAUAGGCGUUGUACCCGGGUACCCGGGGCACUCCUGCUCGGACAACCUCCGGCCCGUCUGGGUGGGGGAGAUCCACAAAAGUUACUUAGACAAGUUCAGCUCUAUGAUUCGGACAGUUGGUUCGUCGUAACCAUCUCGUAUCAUCCAUCUCUUAGAAAUCAAGCGUAGAUAUGGCGGAUAAAGAGAAGAAGAAGAAGACCAAGAAGAAGGAGGAGGCAGCUCCUGCACCCGAGCCCGAGCCGGCGCCAGCCGAGGAGAAGCCGGCAACACCAAAGGAUUCCGGCUCGACUAGAGCGAGCAGCCGUGGCAGCCGCAAGGCUAAGCGUAGCGGCUCCAGCGUCUUCUCUAUGUUCUCUCAGAAACAGGUGGCCGAGUUUAAGGAGGCAUUCCAGCUAAUGGACGCGGAUAAGGAUGGUAUCAUCGGCAAAAAUGAUCUUCGCGCGGCUUUCGACUCUGUCGGCCGACUUGCAUCCGAUAAGGAGCUCGAUGAGAUGCUCAACGAAGCUUCCGCGCCCAUCAACUUCACUCAAUUGUUGAACUUGUUCGCUGUCCGUAUGUCAGGAUCAGGAGGUACCGAUGACGAUGACGUUGUGAUCAAUGCCUUCAAGACGUUCGACGUUGACGGCAAAAUCGAUGGCGAAAGGUUAAGGCACGCUUUAAUGACGUGGGGCGAUAAAUUUACGUCCAAAGAGGUGGAUGACGCAUUCGAUCAGAUGUUCAUCGACGACAAAGGUUUCAUCGAUACCGCGAGUUUAAUCGCCAUGUUGACCGGUACAGGCGAGGAAGAGGAAGAAUAAGAAGUUAUCGUCGCAAGAUGGAAACGUUCCUCGAUUUAUGAAGCCUCGUAUUAACGUCAGAUCCGUACAAUUCUCCGCAAAAGAGAACAAAUACUUUAUGUUUGAAAAUUCCUCAUCUCUCUUUCUCUUUUGGUAUUUAAUUUAAUCAAUGACAAAAGUAUGACGAGGACGAAAUAAUUGCCGAAUUGUUCGAUCUAAAUGGACCAAAGACAGUCCCUUCAGUAUCUCUGUCUAAAUCACUUCGUCCUUUUCUUUUCGUUUCUCUUCGUACUUUUCUUCUCGCUCUCUCUAACUUUUUCUCUUCUUUCUAUCUCUUAAAUUCCAUUUUCCUCUCUUUCUUUCUCUCUCUGUCUCUUCGAUUAUCUGUCUGGAUCUUACUGCUUCUCUUUGUCGCCUUCUUUUUCAUCUUUUUAGUCUUCUUUCAAUCUUUUCUUUUCCUUCCCUCUUUCCUCUUUUUUUCAUCUCUCCCUCCUUGAUCUGGUGAAUGCUGUUAAUUGUAAAGGAAACAAUCCGAGAAAUGUAGUCAAUUUUGACACAAUUCUUCUACAUGUAAAAUAUGUCUGUCGAUAAACGAAGCUUCAUCAUGCCAUUUUAUCGUUCACAUAAUAAAAAUACAUAUAUAAAUAAAGUUCUACGAAGCUCUCUCUAAUUUCGAUCUGCUAUUCUGUCGACAGAAUUGGUUUAGAGACUCUCGGAGACAAUUCGUAAGACAAACAUAAAAUCUCGUGUUGAUUCACUUAAAUAUAGAAAUACAUUGUCAUAUAUAAUCGCUGCUCCGCAUUUUUUUAUAGAUAUACCUCAAAUGUUACGUUCUACAUACGAAAUGAUAUCAGAAAAAUACAUUGAAUGUAUUAUUAAUGUAACACGGUAUAUAAUAAAGGAAUCAUUGGUAGCGAGAGAAUAUUUGUAAUUUUAAACGAAUAUACAUAUUAAUUGUAAGAAA